CAGUACUCAAACAGAUUCUAGGUUUCUUUGGUUUCAUUAGUCCAUCCAUUUUACUCUUCUCCUCACUCUAAAAUGUCGAGAGCUCUGCAACUUGGAAGAUAUCUUCGUUGCAUUUCUGCUUCUUCUUUAAGUAAAGCUAAUUUGCAUUGUCCUCCUCUUCUUCAUCUAAUUGAUCAAUCUUCAAUUUCUUCUUCCUCCUCGCCUACUCACUCUUGCAACAGAUUUCUCAGCAAUCAGCCUUCUUUAUACAUCAGAAACUUCUCAUCAUCAACAUCACCAUCUACUUCUGAAACCAACUGUAAUAAUCGAAAUGAAGAAGAAACACAGAAAAUAGCUCAAGAAAUAUCAGCAGAGCUACUCAAACAAGAAGAUAAUGACGAUUCUUCUCUUCCGUUAAACAAACGUUUAGAUCUUCAUUUCUCCGACCUAAAUACUCAAACCCCAAAUCACCUUCUUCUUCAGGUUCUUAAUCUUUCUCCUGAUGCUGCUCGGACCACUGUUUUAGGGUUUCAUCAAUGGAUCUCAUCUCGUCCAGGUUUUCAACAUACUGAUCAAACUUAUUCAUAUCUUGUUGAUUAUUUUGGUAGAAAGAAAGAUUUUAAGAUAAUUAAUGAGAUUCUUAUUGAUGGGCGUGGAAUUAUUGGUACUAAAACCCUAGAAUCAUUCGUUAAUCGUCUUGUUAGGGCUGGUAGAGAUACUCAAGCUGUGUCCUUUUUUGAUAAAAUGGAGACUGAAUACGGUUUGGUUCGUAAUCGGAAAUCGCUUAAGAUUGUUGUGUCGAAUUUAUGUGAGAAUGGGUUUGCUAAUUCUGCUGAGAAAAUGGUCAAAAAUCUAGCUCAUGAGUUCUUUCCAGAUGAAUCUACUUGUGAGAUGUUGAUUAAAGGUUGGUGUGUGGAUGGGAAACUUGAUCAGGCUAAAAGAUUAGCUGGGGAGAUUCAUAGAGGAGGGUUUCAACUUGGAACGUCGGCUUAUAAUUCCAUUCUGGAUUGUGUUUGUAAGCUGUGUAGGAAAAAGGAUAACUUUAGACUUCAAUCCGAAGCUGAAAAGAUUCUAGUUGAGAUGGAUUAUGCAGGAGUACCUAGGAAUGUCGAGACGUUUAAUAUAUUGAUCAACAAUUUUUGCAAAAUUAGGAGAACUGAAGAAUCUGUUAAACUGUUUGAGAGAAUGGGGGAAUGGGGAUGUAGUCCAAAUGCCGAAACUUAUCUUUUACUUAUAAAAAGUUUAUAUCAGGCGGCGAGGAUUGGUGAAGGAGAUGAAAUGAUUGACAAAAUGAAAUCUGCUGGAUUUGGGAGUGGUCUUGAUAGAAAGGCUUAUUUUGGGUUUAUAAAGGUUCUGUGUGGGAUUGAAAGGAUUGAUCAUGCAAUGAAAGUUUUUGCUAAGAUGAAGGCUGAUGGGUUUGUACCUGGUAUCAAGUCUUACGAGUUGUUGAUUGAGAAAUUGUGUUCUCAUGGGCAGACUCACAGGGCGAAUCAUCUCUCUAGUGAAGCAAAGUUGAAAGGCAUACUUGUGGAUCCUAAAGUGUAUACAUUGGAUCCGAGAUUCACUAAGAAGCCUAAGGUUGAGAAGACUGCUGUGAAGAAGAGGGAAACAUUGCCUGAGAAAAUGGCAAGGAAAAGGAAAACUCUUAAGAAGAUAAAUCUAAGUUUUGUGAAGAAGCCAAAGAAAAUGAUGCGGAGAGCUUAUUGAUUGCUGUAGCUGGACUUAGCUAGCAUUCGGGGGAGAUGGCAGAGUCUUGAGAGGUAUUACUCAAUUGAGCAAAGCUUUUCUGGUGGUAAUUUUGGUCUACUGUGCUUCAUGUUGCUCUUGUCAAUCCUAAAAUUUAAAGUUUAUUGUAGUUUUGAUUUCUUUAGCUUUUUUUUGUGCAAUUUUGACUGCUCAUUGUGAAGGCAAGUGGUUACCGCCCCUUGAAUUUUUUGGAAAUAAUACGAGUUCAUGACAAGAA